AUGCUUCACAGCCAGAUUUCAAGCAAUGGCAGCAGUCGGUAUGUGUGGGAAGCUUCGUUUGCAAUGCAUUCACGUCUUGGAGGAGGGAGGAGGUCUUACACUGGCACAGGGCAUUGGGGCUGUCGCCAGUCCGACAGCUUACAGGACCUGCCGAAAAUUGCAAUGGAAGUGCUGCUUGAGGAGCGCGACAGCUCACCCUCGAGGUGUUCCAGCACCGAGCAGGAGCUCGGGUCGGAAGAUCCCUUGGCACGCCGGUGCCCUGGCGACGCGCCCGACGCGUAUGAGGACCUUGCUGACGUUCGCGUGGUGGCAGUGGUCUUCACCGGGCGUGGGUCCCGAAUGCGUGCGUUGCUGCCUUAUCUACGCCGGGACCUGAGAGCCCACCAGGGAAUUCUGGACCGCAUUAUUUUCGCUCUGGUUCGACCAGAUUCUUGGGCAUUGAAACUUGUUGAGCAGAUGCAAAGCCUCUAUGCGCACAGCCCGAGCUGCAUUGAGAUCCGAGACUACACGGAAGCUUCGUGGUCAGAUUUUCGCCAAGAUUCUCCGGCAAACUCGCGUCACCGCAUCCCCGUGCUGUACAGAUCAUUGAAUGAGACCAACACGGUGUAUGUCAAGGUUGAUGACGACAUCGUGUUCUUGGCGAGGCAUGCCAUUGCUGAGCUGGUGCGCGAGAAGCUGCGGCGCCGUUGCAUGUUCGUAUCAGCUAAUGUGGUGAACCAUGCCAUCCUUUCUUCUGUUCACCAAGAGCACGGGGCUCACCGUGGUUUUGAGCCAGAGCACCUGGACGCAGACACUGGCAAGCAGUCAUCCUCCAGUGCUUGGAUCCGUGUGGCAGAUGUAAACAUGGACGCAUCCUAUGUGUUUGAGCGGCACCCGAUGGGCUCUUGCGUUUUCAAGCGCUGGGACUGUGCUGCCUUGGUGCACGAGAGCUUUUUGGAUAGGGAACUUGAUGGAACCCUGUGCGCCUUCGACUUUGGCUGGUUCGAUUUUCACAGGGCAGGCUUCCGGGAGCACCAGUACGUCCACUUUUCGCCCUGGUCGGGACAGACUUGGCAUGCGUCGGGGGCCAGAUGGAGCAUAAAUUUGUUCGCGCUGGAGGCUUCAGAUCUGCUUGGAGUGGACUGGUCCCGUGUGCAUGGGCCUGGAGAUGACGAAGAGGAGUUUGGGGGAAACCACGCGGAGCGCACGGGCGGCCACGCCUGCGCAGUUGGGCGGAGCCUCGCCGUCCACUUCUCCUACGCACCGCAAGAAGAGCGGCUCCUGUCCCAGACGGAUCUGUUGCAUCGAUAUGUGGAGCUCGCCAGAACCGGAUCUGCAGCCGAAUUCUUCUUGGGCUGA